AUGUCAAUAUCCAUGGGGUUGAGGUGGUCGGGUCGGGGCACUCGCGGUGUUCAAAGAAAAGUCAUUGUCGGGGCUGGAAAUGGACGAUAUUUCUCCCACUACACCUUGAUUUCUAGGUCCACACGAAGACCAGAGCCCUACCCUAGUCGACUUAACUCGGCGCAGCAGAUUCGCUCACUCUCCCUCUUUGGCUGGGGCUCUAGCAAGCCAUCCGGCGAAGCUGCACAGUCGACUCCUCCCGCGCCAACACUGGACACCACUACGCAAGCAUCGGUCGCCCCCUCGCAACCGACAAUUGAAUCGAUACGAACGGUCAAGGCCUCGCAUUCCACGUCAGACGCUGUUGACCCAGCAAUUACCACUGGCGCCGAAUCAGACGCUCUACAAAGCAUUGAAAACUCGGUUCUGCAAUCGCAAGGAAGUACGUCCGGAGCAUCCGCAGCAGUCAGUGACACAACGGACCUAGCCAGUGUCCCAGAAGGCAUUGGAUACCUGAAAGAUGUGUGUGGCCUUGAUUUUGGCAUGGGUCCGACUGCUCUCAUGCAAUUCUGUCUGGAACAUAUCCAUGUCACUGGUGGACUGUCCUGGACGGCCUCGAUAGUAGUCCUUGUGCUGCUAAUCCGAGGAUCGAUUCUCCCGCUUGCAAUCUCGGCGUCAGAUAUGACUGCGAAAUUCCAAGAAAUAAGUCCUGUCAUUAGAGAAAUACAGGCAAGGAGUUCAGAGGCCCUGGCGAACCAUGAUCGCACAGCCGUGUUGGAGGCACAGAUGCAAAUGAGAGAGAUCAGAAAAGACGCCAAGCUCUCUUUCACAAAGAUGUUCAGGCCUCUCUUGCUGCAAAUUCCUCUUGGUUACGGAGCAUGGAAUCUUCUAAGAAACUGCUCGCACUUACCGGUGCCCGCCUUCGAAGCCGAACAAUGGCUGUGGUUGAACAACAUCGCCGUUACUGAUCCAACGUAUAUCUUGCCUAUAGCCACUGCAGCACUUACAUGGCUCAAUCUAGCUACCACUCAAAGAGCGCAGACGGGACAGUCUCAGCUCCCCGGUAUGGGCAUUGUCCGAAACAUUAUUCCUCUCAUUACAGGUGCCUUCCUUGCGUUUCAACCAGCGUCCGUUCAGAUCUACUUCUUGGUCAAUGGCUUUUUCACUCAGCUACAAGUUACCGCCCUGCAGAGCGCUUCUUUCAGACACUUACUGAAGUUGACCCCGUUACCGCACCACAGAGCCACGUCAGGGAACACCACUCCAUAUUCUCGGAUGAACGUCCAACCGACUGUCAUCGCCACCACUGCCCGGACCACACCUGAUGCUUCAGAGUCACCUCCAGCAGCAGAUCGCAGCCUUGUCGACAAAGGCGUCGAUUCAGUGAAAUCCAUGGGGAAGAAAGCCUGGCAGAAUGUGACCGGUUCCUCCAAAGAGCAGAUGGAAAAGAAACUCAGAGAAAAAAAGCUUGAAAAACAAAAGGAUGCCGCAGCAAGGUACGAGGCCCAGCGAAAGCAGGACCUAGAGAUUCAGCGAUCGUAUCGGAACGCCGUCGCAAGUAGUCAAGUGCCCCAUCCAGGUGCGCCAUCGACUUCGAAGGAAAAGGGUGGGAAAUGA